AUGAUCAGAGCUAGGCUGGUAACACUUUCAUACUUUUUCUCUGCCUAUGUAUAUAGCUCUUCUUCCGCUAGCUCAGCUCGAGAAAUUCGUGUCUUG